AUGAACGCCCUGAACGGCAGCGCAGUCAAGCUGCUUGGAGCCGUAGAGCUGCUGGUAGAGCGAGUAGAGGCGGGCUGCCCGGUUCAUCUUCCGCGGACGCAAGUGAAAGCCUUCGUUGUCCGGAAGUUGGACGCUGUGAAUGCAGACGUCCUCGUUGGCGCUGACGUGAUUGCGGCUGUCGGAGGAGUUCACCUCGGGUAUGGUGACGAUGGUUCCCUGUCGAGUGUCCAGUUCGGCGCCCCAGAAACUGACCGUCCUGCCAUCGUGGCGGCGACAGUGCCGGCCGCUCACCCUUCUCGGCACGUGACUGUGAGCAAGGACGGAGAGGAUGUGGUGCUGAGAACGGACGACAGCGAGGUCCGGUGGGACAGCGCAAGCCAGCGCUGGAUCGUGCGAUGGAUGUGGGCUGAUGAUGAACCGCCAACCAAACAGAUCGGUUCCGGCAUCGGACAGUAUUCUCGGAAGCGGCUGUCGCCGGAGCAGGAAGCCAGCUUCUGUACCGAAGUCGAUGCUUGGGUGGAGAACGGCUGGCUGGUGGAGCACGACCCAUCCGUACACGGGGAGCCGGCAGCUAUCCUGCCUCUGCUAGCCAAGGUCCAAGAACACAAAGCCUCUACCCCAGUCCGGCCGUGUCUAGAUUACCGAGCACUGAACGGUGUCAUCAAAUCCAAUCCGGGGACCGAGGCGCCCGUUUGCGCCGAUAAACUGCGGAAGUGGCGCAUGGCCGGCGAUCAAGAGUGCAAGCUAAUCGACAUCAGGAAGGCCUAUCUCCAGGUUCAUGUAGACCCGUCGCUCGCCCGCUACCAGGUUGUCGUUUGGCGAGAAAAGCUGUACGUAAUGACGAGGAUGGGCUUCGGCCUGUCCGUCGCGCCCAAGGUGAUGGACAUCAUCGUCCGCUGGGUGACCCGAGAGUGGCAGGAUGUUGAUAGCUACGUCGACGAUGUGCUCGUUCCGGGAGCGAAAGAGCAAGCUGUGACGUCCGCUCUUCACCGCUACGGUCUGCCGACCAAGCCCGCAGAACCGCUCACCGCGGCCAGAGUUCUCGGUCUCCAACUGUCAAAGGAAAGUGACGGCACGGUCAACUGGGCUCGUAGAGGAGGUGUCAACCUUGACUUCGAACAGCCGCUGACAAAGCGUGAGGUCUUCAAGUGGACGGGACGCCUGACUAGCCACUACCCAGUGUGCUCGUGGCUCCGCCCGGCAUGUGCGUGGUUGAAGCGGCAGGCCUGCUCAGCUGAUGGCUGGGAUGACGCCGUGCCAGAAGCGGUCGCCAGGUGCUGCGCAGAGCUGGCCGACAUGGUCCGGGAGUCAGACCCUGCAAGAGGUGCGUGGCGUGUUCCAUCGCUGGAUAGCGACGGCUGGACCGUGUUCUGCGACGCGUCGGACGUCGCCAUUGGAGCCUCCCUGCAUCACGAUGGUACUACGAUCGAAGACUGCUCGUGGCUGCGCGAGCCACGUGACCACAAACACAUUAACAUUGCCGAGCUGGACGCCGUCUUAAGGGCGCUAACACUCGCCGCGGAGUACAAGGUGGAGAAGGUGACGUUAGUGACUGACUCGAAGGCGGUUGCAGGCUGGGUGUCGCAGGUCCUCGGGAACGUCAGACGAGUCAGGGUCACUGGCCUCCACAAGCUUCUCGUUGUGCGCCGUCUGGACAUCAUUGAAGACCUAGUCGCAACGGCUGGCCUGAAGGUAACAGUUGGCUGGGUACCGACGAACGAGAAUGUCGCUGACAGACUGACCCGUGUCCCAAAGAAGUGGCUGCAAAUAGCUCGCGUUCCCGAGAGCGACGAAUCUCCGGAAGUUGCCGCGUCCAUGGCAAUGAAGCAGCCGGCGACCGUCAUUGGCUGUGACGACGUCUGUGAUGCCCAGCGGAAGUGCCCGUUGAUUCAGACGCUGGUCAGUGCUAUCGAGAGCGACAGCGAGAUUCAGCACGCCACCUACCGGAAGAUUCGUGAACAGCUCGUCAUCAAGGACGGCCAGCUGAGCCGCACGCUCAAGCUGCCUGCACUCGGCGUUGUCACUGUGCCGAUCGUUCCGGAGUGCCUUGAGCACAGCGUUCUCGAGUCGGCCCACGUGAUGUCCGGGCAUGCCAGCUGGAGUGUGAUGUACGACAUGCUCCGCGUACGUUGCUUCUUCCCCAGCAUGGCGGCUAGGUGCCGGGAGUAUUGUGACCAGUGCCGACAGUGUGCAGCCGCUAGCAGCCACGCAGGACCCGCAGCGCCGCCGACACAGCCAGACUUGCCUGGGCGGCCGUGGAGUGUCGUUCAGAUCGACACACUUCACCUGGGAGAGGAGAAAUCCGGUCAGUACCACUGCGUGUUGGUGUGCGUGGAUGUGUUUACGAAGUGGGUCGAGGCAAUCCCUCUCAGGCGGCACGAUGCGACCAGUGUUGCAGAAGCGCUGACCAGCCUCUGCUGCCGUUGGGGCCCGCCAGACGAAGUCCGUAUGGACAAUGGCUCCGAGUUCAAGAACGCCGUUGUCCGAGCUCUCUUCGCACGGUUCGGCGUGCGUGUGAAGACAGGGGCCGUACGUCACCCGCAGUCGCAGGGAGGUGUCGAGAGGGCAAACAGGACCAUCAUCACGCUGAUGCGGAAGGUCCUCACAGAAGCAGCAGAUUGGAAAACUGAGCUGGAUCUGCUGCUCUACUACUACCGCUCGAGGCCACACACCACGACAGCCAUACCGCCGAUGCUGGCCAUGUGUUCAUGGCAGCCGCGCCAGCUGAUCAUCGAGGCUGAGGCACCAGAAGCCCUACUGAGCGAGUGGGUUGACCGAGUUGGCGAGACAGCAGCAAGGGUCCGCGACCACGUGGAGGUGGAGCUUGCUGCUACGACUCCGGAGAAGCCAAUCACCAAGUUCGAGGCACCCUACACAGAGGGGCAACGUGUGAUGCUGAAACAGCCUGGCCGGCGACGCAAGUUGACUCCGCCAUACCAGUGCGGCUGGAAAGUGAAGAAGAUCAUUGCGCCGUCGACAGUAGUCAUCACCAGAGAUGAUGGCGGGGAGAAAGUCGUGAACAUCAACCUUCUCAAGCCUGACGUACGACACCCACAGAGUGCCAAGCAGGAUGGUGCUCCGCGUCCAGGAGCGAUGGAGCAGGCGCACACGAGCGCCGACGAUGGGCGUGACGACGGUGAUGGUGAGAUGUGGCUUGACCAGCCGGAGCCAGCGGACGACGACGACGACGAUCGCCCUGCACCGGCUUAUGACCUACGUGACCGUGGAACCUUGGCGCGUCCAGCUAGAUACAAUGGCUAG